AUGAUCUAUCUAUCUACCUAUCAAUAUCAGUCUCUUCAUAUAGUAUCUAUCUAUCUAUCUAUCUAUCUAUCUAUCUAUCUAUCUAUCUAUAAAUAUUGCUACUCGCUUUUUCUCUCGGGCACCAGAAAUAUGUAUUCGAUCUUAUUUGUUCUUUCUUUCUUUUCCUUCCUUCCUUCCUUCCUUCCUUUCUUCCUUCCUUCCUUCCUUCUUUUCUUUUUCCAUUUUCUUUCUUUCGUUUUUCUUUUUCUUUCUUUUAUUCUUUUUCUUUCUUUUAUUCUUUGUCUUUCUUUCUUUAUUUAUUUUUCUUUUUCUUUCUUUUUUCUUUUCUUCUUUCUUUUUUCUUUCUUUCUAUUUUUCUUUUCCUUUUUCUUUCCUUUUCUUGCUCUCGUCUUUCUUUUUCUUUCUUUCAUGAUUUCUCGUUCUUUAUUUGUUUGUUUCUUUUUCUCUUUGCUUUCUCUCUUUUACUCUUUCUUUUUUCUUUCUUCCUUUCUUUUUCAAUUUUUUCUUUAUCUUUCUUUCUUUCUUUCUUUUCUCGAAAAUCUGACGCACAACCCUAUUCUUCUUCUUUUGUCCCUGUUUGAUCAUAUCUGUCUAUCUGUGGGUGUUUUAAGAGGUAUUUGUUGUCGCUUAUGUGCCACUGAACAUUUGCAAAUGUACCGAUCAGCAGAAUUUAUGGCAAAGGAUUUAGAUUUACUUUUCCUCCGCAACAAAAAAGCUUCAACAAGUCAGUGUGGAAUGUUUGAUCAUUAUCUAUCUAUCUAUCUAUCUAUCUAUCUAUCUAUCUAUCUAUUCUCUUUGCAUUUAUUUGCAUCGAAAUCGAUAUAUUUUUGCGAUAACGAGUGCUUAAUGGUAAAAUUUAAGCCGAGAUGUGCGCAUGUACGAUUCUCUUUGCUGUAA